AUGGCCGACGACCCUCGACCGGGCACGGCAGCCAUCCUCAUCUCCCCCCCACUAGACCGAGCCAGCUCCCCCGCCGAGAGCUCCACCCUGCGCCUCAGCAGCAGGCGCUCAUCCUCCUCACGCUUCUCCCUCAGACACUCCCCAAACCCAGCAACACCACCCAACACCACCACCAGCCCAACACCCAACACCGCCUCCACAAACAGACUGUCCAGCGCCAUGAAAUCACUCUUCAACCGCAAACCAUCGAUCACCUCCUCCUCAGGCUCAAGCUUCUCAAACACCUCCUCACACUACUCCCGCAGACCCAUCCCCACCGACCCAAGCCGCGACCAGCCUGAACCCGACAACGACCGCGACCUGAUCACCGACAACUGCCCCGUCUGCAUCGAAGACCUGCGCAUGAACCUCAUCGGCGAGAAGCCACUGGUGAUCCCCAAGUGCGGCCACCGUCUGCAUGCCUCGUGCUUCGAGGCCGUCUACGGCCCACUCGACGAGGCCAGGCGCACCGGCGCCGUCCUCGGCCUCUGCGGGAUAUGCCGCAAGGACAUGCGCCUCGUCGCCUCGGGAGCCGCCUCCAAGAAGACCCUCGACCUGAACCGCUCCAAGAUCAAAAUACCGCCUCCCUCGACAGCCACUCACAAGAUCCACUCCAUCACCCGCAAGACCCUGCCGACCACCGACAUGAUCGACGAGGACUCGGACGACGACGAGGAUGUCCAGCCCUCGGAAUCCGAGCUCGAGCGGGAAGACGAACUGCUGGGCUCCUGGAACGAGCUCGACCAGCCCGGUCUGCUCCACCCCGGCGGCAUCGAGAGCCUCCGGAUCGAACACAAGCGCCAGCAGACCGCCAAGAAACCCCCGAUCCUCAAGCCCACCCUCACCCUGCUGGCCGAGAACCCGAACCUGUUCCUCAACAAGGACUCCGACAAGUCCCAGCACCUCACCUGCAUGCUCUCCAUCCAGCUCCCCAGCGCCUAUGCCCCCGCCCAGCCGGCAUACCCCACCCCGCUCUCCCCCACCGGCCUGCCCUCCGAUAUCCAUCACCACGGAUCCCCCUUCCCCGGCAGAAGCGCCUCCGUCGCCCCCAUGUCCCCCCCGCCCAGCUCCGGCUCGCGAUCGAUCUUGCUAUCCCCAGCUACCAGCCAGCACCCCCACGACAAGACCCGCCCCGCCGAUUGCAACGGAAUCCUCAAAUCCCCCAUCACCCGCGAGAACUCCAUCACCUUCAUCCCGCCCCUUCCCGUCCACCACGACCACCUCCCCCCCUUACCCGUCGACGGCUCACCCCGCCACUCCUUACAGCCCGUGCUCGACGAUCUGCUCGAUCGGAUGCAAGACUGGAAGGGCCACUCGUCCAAAGACUUUGGAGUCUUGCAAAAAUACGACCAGCUCUACGUCGAAAAGGAGGCCAACUGCCGCCAGUUUCUUGUUUACCUCUUCGAGGACGCUCUCCUCUGCGUCUCUGCAGUCCAGCGAGACUCGAUCACCCAGGGCUGGACCCAGCAGGACGGCCCUAGUGGGCGCCCCGCCCCGCCGUUGAAGCUCAAGGGCCGGGUGUACAUCCGCCACAUGCACUCGGUCUCGGUGAUCCCCAACGACGCUUCCAACGUCUAUUUCCUUCGGGUGAAGAUGAAGGACGAAAAGAUGGAUGCGUUUACGAUGCGCUUCGACGAUCUGGGCCAGCUCGAAGACUGGCACUCGCACAUCAACGCCUUGAUCCACAAGCGGAACAACCCCGUUGCCGAUCCCUCCCCGCUCCAAGCGCCCUUCCGGAUGCGAGAGAUGGAUCACUCUACGCCGAUCGGCAUCCCCUCCACCCCGCUCAGCCUGCCGCCGACGCCCGUGACGACCAACUACCCCGGCGUCGGCCCAGCGCUCGACCGCGACUCGCUGCGCAUCGCCGCCAACUCCACCCGCUCCUCCCGCUCGGACAGCCUCCAGUCUGCAUGCGAUUCGCGGAACAACGACGGCGGGACGGCCAGCUCGCUGAUGUCCGGCUCCACCAAGACCACCCUGGUCACCUCGAUCUCCACCCUCUCGUCGGUGGGCGAAGAGUACACCGAAGGAAGCUGUCCGGACAACAACCCGAGCUUCUCGAACCCGUUCCAGACCGACCAGCAGCAGCAGCAGCAUCCGUUCUCCUUCCGGGACGUGCCCUCGCUGCAGACCAAUCCUGCCUUCCGAUCCGCCUCCCUCCGCCACGACUUCCGGCCCAUCGACCUGGCCCUCGUCAUCUCCAUCCCGUUCCCUGAGCCCUCCGGGUCCCCCAGCAGCUCCUCGUCCUCGUCGACCUCCCUGAAGCUGCGCCUGCUGAAACAGUCUCUCCAGUUCGUAGUCUACCACCUGCACCCGCGCUCCCGGCUCAGUCUGGUGGCCUUCACCGUCGGCACCAACAACAACGGAGGAGGCGGAGGGGCGGCGCGAGGCCAGGGCCAGCUGCUCUACACGCCCUUCCUCACCGUCGGCAAGGCGGCGAGUCUGAAGCGGGUCGAGUUCGCCAUCGAGCAGCUCGCCCGUUCCGGCCGCACCGAAGGCAUCCUCACAGCCCAGAACUGGAAGUACUUCGGCGAGGACAUCGUCGUCGCCCAGCAGGCCGAGGACUGCGCCAACGGGUUUGCUGGCCUCGCAGUCGCCGACGAUCCUCGGAGCGUCCAGGAUAGGGUCCAGAGACGACUCCGGAUGCUUGAGAGACACGAGGACAAGGUGUCUGUCGUCACCGCUGUCAAUCUAGCAUACGACAUGAUCCUGCCCCGGAAACAGAAAAACCCGCUCAGUGGGAUCAUGCUGCUUAAUGACUCGAGAGACUGCUCGACCAAGCCGGAGAUGACGCUGGUGAUGACCCGCGCCGAGGCGAUCCAGAUCCCGAUCCAGUCGAUCGGCUGGGGCGAGAGCCAUAACCCCAGCUCGCUUUGGCAGCUGUCCAACCAUACCGGCGGGACCUACAGCUUUGUCCGCGACCAUCAGUCGAUCAAGGAGGCGAUUGCAGGCUGUGUCGGGGGGAUGCUCUCGGUGGGCAUGUCGAAUGCGCGGGUGAGCAUCGGGAUCGCGGAGCCGAAGUGGUUCAAGAUGAAGAAAGUCUCUGGGAUCACCCACGUGAUCUCCUCGGAUGGCCAGCACGCGGAUCUCGAGCUGGGCCAGCUGCGGUUCGGCGAGCGGCGGGACGUGCUGGUGGAGGUGGAGAUGCGGUCGGCGCGGGAGGUGUACCGGACGCAGAGCCGGCGGUCGCGCGAUGGCGACCAGGCGCUGUUGGGCCUGACCGGCCCCGCGCCGAUCGAGACGGGCACGGAUGCGUUCUUCCGGAGCCAGCUGGGCGGGGAUGCGCAUCUGGGGAUGAUGGGGGAGAUGGACGCGUUUACGCGGUUCUACGAGGCGCAGUUCGACGACAUGAACGACGACAUGGGGCUUCUGGAGGUGAAUGUGACGUACCGGGACGUGCAGGCGGGGAAGAACCUGCUGACGUCGGACUCGCUGAGCCGGGUGCUGUUGCUGGUGUCGCGCAGGAUGGACGGGCAAGGGCUGCGGCUGAUGCACGAGAGCCGACGGAUCGUGGCGACGCUGCUGACGAACCUGUUCCACCUGGACCCGGGCUCGACGGAGGCGGUGGUCGGCCGACGCGCCCUGGCCCUUCUCGACGGCUCUGUCCGCCAAGCCCUUGCCCCGGACCACGCCGAGACCUUCGUCGUGCUGGCGGGCUGCUUGCAAGUGCUUCAGCGGAUGAUCGAGGGCCUGGACGAGCUCCGCCGGGGUCUCUCCGAGCUCGUCCACCCUUCGCCUGGCGGCCGGGCCCACGAAGAGGGUCUCCGGGCCCAGCUGUAUGCCCGGUUCGAGGCCGGCAUGCGCAACUUCGCCGCCGAACAGGCCGGCAUCCUGCGCGACCAGAAAGCCUGGCUCGUCCAUCCGGCCUCUGCGCCCCUGCUCCCCUCCUCCGUCCCCGGCACGCCCGGCGCCUCCCAGCCCUCCUUCGGCCCGCUCCCGCCCUCAAGGCCCCUCCCCGACGCACACACAUCGGUCCUCGAGGAGACCUACUUCCGGGCCGACUUCGCCGUCUGGAUGCGCAACAUGAUGGAGCACUGGAUGCCUGAGCGCUACUGA